AUUAGAGCGCUGGUUUUUCAGCGAUGUUCCCCGAACCAGCAACUCAUUGGUGGUUGAAAAGGAGUAAUACACAGCGCUGUGCCAUCAGUGUCUGAUUUAAUAUAUAAUGUAUAAAAUUCAGUUUAUGAACAUACACUUGUAUCUUAUUGAAUAUUGUUUAAAGGAAUUUUUUUCUUUUCAUUUUCUCACUUACACUUGCAGUUCCUUCUCGUACCUACAGGGGUCCGCGUGCCCCCGCUUGAGAACCAGUGUUUUAGACUAUUGUUGGCCUUUGACACUUCUCAGGUAAGUACAGGUUAGUAGUUGGUAAUACAAAAGUGUCACCUUUUUACAUGAGUGAGAAAAGAAGUAUAUUUCUGCUGUGAAAAUGUCUUCUGAUCAGAAAUGUCAUAAAUAUAGCCUUUUUUUAUUAAAUUAUUUUGUUGCCUGGCAGGAGACUGGCAGACAUUAAAAAUAUGUUUUUCUAAAGUUUUGUGACUUGGAGCCGUUGAUCAACGAUCCCGUCAAAGUGACUUCUAUCACUUGUCCCAGUGAAAUGCUAAAUAUAUUCAGUAUUAAUCUUUAUCGUAUCAAAGGGCCCCCUUCAGUCCGCUUUCAUAAAGAGGUGAAAUUGUUCUAAACAUCAACAAACUUGAUUUUUUUUCCACGCCUCUUCACUUCCUCUUUGGGUAUUGAAUGUUGCUGAACUAACGACACUUCCACAGCACUCAUUUCUUGGCGUGCCGAUGGAUUAUUAAUUUCCCCAGCUAAUAAUUGAACAAUUUGCUGCUUUGGGGACUGUAAGUUCACUUUAUUUGUUCUUUUUUUUUCCAGCCUGAGAUGGAAGAAAGAAAGCCGGAUGUGGCAGCUGCUACCAGAAUGAGUUAUUGCUUUAUGUAGAAAUAAACUACAUGUUUGAUGUGGACUGCAAUUUAUCAACCGGCUAAAUAAUUGAACCCUCUGUGGUCUUCAGAAUAUCUUUAACCAACGUAACGUUUAGAUUUCUGAUUCCAACAAUUAAACAAUCGGCUCAAUUUACUGUUGGAGUUUGUUUUGGUCACACAGUAUUUUAUCUAUUCCUCAUCUAAAUAUCCGACCCUCUCCUCUUCAGAUGUCCCAUCACCACCAGCUGGUUCUCUCCUGGUGUACUUCCUUCUAAAUAUGGAAACUUUGCUCCACAUUGCUUAUGCAUGUGCACUUGAGAUCUAAACUUCCCAGUGCAGCUCAGCUCGGUGGAAAAAAACACCCACAAUGCCCCUGGUUAUGUUCCAUGACCGCUACUGGGCCACUGCCAGCUGCUCCUGCAUCAGAUGAGCCAUGAGCCACCUGGGGUUCAUAAAUCCGAACCCUCUUCAGUUAUGUCUGCAUGUGCUGUGGACCAAGAGGUCUGAGUUUCCAAGCAACCCUGGAGUGACCAGCAGCACUGACUGCUGUUUGCAUAUCUUCCUCUCCCAUCGCUCCCUCCUCUCCCUCGCUCCUUCCUCUCCUCUCCCUCGCUCCUUCCUCUUCCCUCGCUCCCUCCUCUUCCCUUACUCCUUCUCCCCUUGCUCCCAUGACUCCUCGCUCCCUCCUCUUCCCUCGUUCCUUACUCUCCCCUUGCUCCUUCUACCCUCACUCCCUCCUCUUCCCUCGCUCCUUCCUCUCCCCUCGGUCCCUCCUCCUCCCUCACUCCCUCCUCUUCCCUCGCUCCCUGACUGAACUUGAUUCAGUGAGAAACUCACUCAGUUGUUCUGCUCUUGACGUAUAAAUGCCGUCAUGAGAUUAUCUGGUGCAGGAUAUAUGGUAAUGGGAUGUUACUGAGAUCACAUUAAGGCUUUGCACCACCUGGGUCCUACAGGACGAGUCCACUUCAGGUAGAAAUACUCAUCUUGAAGAAAAGGCACUCUGAAGCUUCACGAAAACAGAAUGAGAAAGAAAUCCCAAUUUAAUUUGGAAAUGAUUCCUUAUUCAUUCAUAUUAAAUCUUCCCCUAAUGGUUCCCUGCUUAGCAGGCUAGUGAUCAUUCCGGGCUGCUCGCAUCACGUUGUGCCCAUGGAGACCUUCGUGCGUCAGGUGCUUUGGCUAAUCAUUGAUGGAUCUGUGGAGGCGGCGUGUGGCGGGUUCACAGCUGGUUGCCUGCACUCCGCAGCCCGCUAUAUAGUCCCUGGCCGCCCGGAGCAUGGCUGAAUGACACAUCGAGGGUUCCACUGGACAUCGGAGGGCAACAUGAGUGGUCCGCUCGCCCUUUGGACGUGUCUCGCCCUCCUCGCCUCUGCGGCCGCAAAGCCGAACGCCGGUUUGAAAACGUGGGGUCGUUUCAGUAAACUGCCCUAUCCGGAAGACAAGGCGUUCCUCUACGAUACCUUCCCCAAGGACUUCAUGUGGGCAGUGGGCACGGCGGCGUACCAGGUGGAGGGCGCGUUUGAUAAGGACGGCAAGGGGCUCUCCAUUUGGGACACUUUUACGCGCGGUGGGAACCGAAUCACCACCGGGGACGUGGGCAGCGACAGCUAUCACAACAUCCACAGGGACUUGAGAGCCAUCGAGCAGCUCGAGGUCACCCACUACCGGUUCUCCCUAUCCUGGUCCAGGAUAUUUCCCAACGGCACCCGCGGGAGUUACAACGAAAUCGGCACCAACUACUACCGGACGCUCAUCAAGAAGCUGAAGGAGCGCCACGUGCAGCCGGUGGUCACGCUCUACCACUGGGACCUGCCGGACCACCUCCAGCAGACCCUCGGCGGCUGGAGCCACCCGGAGCUGGUGGGGAUUUUCAAGGACUACGCCGAUUUCUGUUUCCAGACCUUCGGGGAUGAUGUGAAGUAUUGGAUCACCAUCGAUAACCCGUUUGUGGUGGCGCGGCACGGGUACGGCACCGGAGUGGUCGCUCCCGGGAUAAAGAACGACCCCGACCUCCCGUUCCGUGUCGGACACAAUCUAAUCAAGGCUCACGCGGCUGCAUGGCAUCUCUACGACCGCCACUACCGCCCCCGCCAGCAGGGCAAGCUCUCCAUGGCGCUGGCCUCCCACUGGAUCAAGCCCAGCCGCACGCGCCGGGAGAGCCUGCGGGAGUGCCAGUGCUCCCUGGACCACGUGCUGGGCUGGUUCGCCCGGCCCCUCUUCAUCGACGGAGACUACCCCCCCUGCAUGAAGGCGAGGCUGGGCUCGCGUCUGCCCUCCUUCACCCCGGAGGAGAGGGAGCGGGUGAGGGGCACGGCCGACUUCUUCGCCCUGUCCCACGGGGCGGCCCUGAGCUUCCAGCUCAUCAACGACAGCCUGAAGUUCGGGCAGAAGGAGGAGCUGGACCUGAGGAUGCUGCUCUACUGGGUCAAUGCCGAGUACAACAGGCCGCCCAUCUUCGUGGUGCAGAGCGGUUGGUACGUCCUCGGCAACACGAAGACGGAGGACCCAAAACACAUGUACUACCUCAAGAGGUUCAUCGCAGAGGCGCUGAAAUCCAUCGUCCUCGACGGCGUGAACUUGAUCGGCUACACGGCCUGGUCGCUCAUCGACGGCUUCGAGUGGCACCGCGAGUACGGGAUCCGCCGAGGCCUCUACUACGUGGACUUCAGCACGCUGGACAUGAAGAGGGAGCCCAAGACGUCCGCCACCUUCUACAGAAACGUCAUCCGGAAGAACGGUUUCCCAGAACUCCCAGAGAACACACCAGCACAAGGAAUCUUCCCGUGUGAUUUUGCCUGGGGGGUCUCAGCCAACUCCAUACAGGUGGAGACCACCCCCAGCCAGUUUUCAGACCCCAGUGUUUACUUGUGGAACAUCUCCAACAACGGAGAGCUGAUGAGGCUGAAGGGCUUCAGCGUGCCGCCGGUACGCCGAGCCGCUCACUGCGCCGACUACGCCUCCAUCCGACAACAGGUGGAUGAAAUCCGGCGAGUCGGGGUGAACCACUUCCACUUCUCCCUCAACUGGUCAGCUGUGGUGCCUACGGGCGACGUGGCUCAUCCCAACACCACCCUGCUGGCCUACUACCGCUGCUUCACCCGUCAGCUGCUGGAGGCCAAUGUCACGCCCGUGGUCACCCUGUGGCACCACACGCGCCUGCGCAGCAGCCUGCCGGCCCCGCUGGAAUCCACCAACAGGUGGCUGAACAGAGAGACUCCAGAGGCGUUCGCGGACUACGCCAGACUUUGUUACAGAGAGCUGGGCGCCCAUGUGAAGAUGUGGAUCACCCUGAACGAGCCCAACGACGAGACGGUGAGCUACCAGGAGGGUCACCAGAUGCUGCGGGCGCACGCCCUGGCCUGGCGCGCCUACCACCGCGAGUUCAGACACGCACAGGGAGGAAAGGUGUCUCUGGCUCUGCACAUGGACUGGGUGGAACCGGCCUUUUCGUCGAGCCGUGAAGACGUGGAACCGGCUAAAAGGGUUCUGGACUUCCGCGUGGGCUGGUUUGCAGAGCCCAUCUUCGGCAGCGGGGACUACCCUCUGGGAAUGAGGAGCUGGCUGCGGCAGCUCAACUCACUGGACCUGCCAGUGUUCAAUGAGGAGGACAGGCAGCUGGUUAAAGGGACCUAUGACUUCUUUGCCAUCAGUCACUUCAGCACCGAGCUGGUGACGCACGCCAUGGAGGACUCGUACACCUACACAGCCGAGCUGGAGGUCCAGCACAUGAUCGACACCACAUGGAUCAUGUCCCCGUGGCCUGUGGUGCCCUGGGGUCUCAGGAAAGCCCUCAACUGGGUGAGGGAGCACUACUGCGAUGUGCCCAUCUAUGUGAUGGCUAACGGGGCGCAGGAGGACCCGGCCCACUUCAAUGACAGCCUGAGGGUCUACUAUCUGUACAACUACAUCAACGAGGCGCUGAAAGCGUACACUCUGGAUGGCGUGAACCUGAAGGGUUACUUUGCGUACGCCCUGAGCGACCAGCGGGACCCGGGCUUCGGCUUGUACGGCCACGUUCACGAGGAGGUCAUCGUCAAGGCCUCGCUCUCCAACUAUCGCAACAUCAUCCGGCACAACGGCUUCCCUAUUCCGGGCGCCGCCCCGCAGCAGUGUCCCAGCGGGCCGCAGCCCUGCCUCGGCUGCCAGGCGCUGGUCAAGAGGCCCGUGGUGGGCUUCCUGACCCUGGUGGGUUCCGGGGCGCUGGUCAGCCUGGGCCUCAUCAUCUACUACACAGCCAAGAGACACAGAGAGUCUUACUGAGGACUUUAUGUCCCUAAAUCACUCAAGAAAACAAACCGAGCCGGUUGUUGUUAUCGGCUCCAGAUGAUGUGUAUAAUACGUGUAUAAUAUGUGUAUAAUGGCUUCUUCAAGCUGCUUGAGAGUUGAUCGAGUCACCCGACGAGUGGUUUACAUUUCUUUGAGACCUCUUUGCACUCCACCAGAUAAUUUACCCGUCGAAUCCAAAGAAGGAAACCUGUUGUUCUGCUUUUAAUGGGUUGGCAGAACAUCUCAAAAGAAUCUUUUUUUAUAUUUGUAAUGUUUGUGUCGUGACUGUAUUGGGUAUUUCUUCUGAUUAUCUUAGUGCUCAACUUAACAAUACAUCUCUUUAACCCUCCUGUUACCUUUAUAUUUACUGACAUUUUACCCUCGGGGUCAAUUUGACCCCAGCAAUUAAAACCUCCAGAAAAUUAGAAUUAAUAUUGUUUCCCAAGUUUAAGUGUGAGGUACUUUGUUUGUUUGUUGACUACCUAAAUAGCCCUUUAAAUAUAUAAAAAAGGUGAUCUUUCAUAUGUUUGACAGUGAAAAACAGCCUGGGGUCAAAUUGACCCCAAAGAACACCGACAUUAAACAUUGAAUGGGGUCAAAUUGACCCUAAGUUAACAGGAGGGUUAAAUAAGAAGAUGAAGACACUUUUACAGCCCGGCGGUUGUAUGCAACCUCAGAGCGCCAUCAGACGGCGCCGUACGCGGGUCGAUGCCGCGGCCGCUCUUGUCAAACUCAUGAUUGCGAUGUAAAAUGUUAAGUUUCAUGUACAGAAUGUCGUGUUUGUUCAUUAAAUAAUAAAGCCCA